CGUGCUGACGGAAAAGGGGUUUGACCUUAGUGAACCAAAACUCGUCCAAAAAUUUUCAUUCAUUGGCCCAUUGCAGACGUUGAAUUCUAGGAAAAAGUCUAAUUUUAGUUUUCUACGCAGCCAUAUACAGGACUUGCGACUUGCGGACUGUCCAAUGUUAUCACGGUCGCGAUAGAGGAUAGAAGAUUCCAGGAGCAUCUAAAAAUUUAAACAGUCGAAUGAUACAACAGGGGAAGCUAAAGCCAUUGUUGACAAUGAAUGCCCUCCUUGUGUUGGGCCUCGCUUUGGUGACAGUUCAGGGAUCACACCUCCCCGAAGGGGUUCCAGUACUUUUUACCACUGGAAACCAAAUUUUAGGCGGAGAAUCAACAAGAAUUUACCAUGCAGCUCUCUGUGGCGGUUGCAGCUUUGACGGGUUGACGGCUCAAAUUCAAGUAAACCUGGUUAACAAUCCAUGGGAUUGCGAAUUGGGAGACUAUAUGAUUAUUUCUGUCGAAGAUGGGAAUGGAAGUGUCAUUGCAACUAAUGUCGAUGGUAGGCAGAUGCCCGUGCCAAACUUUAACUUCACCUAUUCUGCUAAGUAUAGAGAUUUGUUUCUUCACAUGAAAACCGGACCGGCCCCACAGUUUUUAUUUACAUUAAGCCUACUAUUUGAUUUCAAAACCCGAGUGCAUGUGCCAGCUCAUUGCGUUCCCAGAUGGCAAAUGACAGCUUCGGAGCACGCUGUGUCACAGAAGUACAAGCAAGGAAAUGAUACAGCUGAACUUUACCAAGUUUUCAAAACUUUAACGACCCAAGAAGUUCCCACUGAAGAAACCAAGUUGUUCCAGCUUGGAUACUGCUUCGCAAAACAAGGUGACUACAAAGUUAUCAUCACUGUCAUCAAAGAAAACCUAUGGCCUGGGCUUGCCACCUAUGGCUGCACAAUGUCGUACAUAAAGCAACAUGGGGAGUGUGGCGGGCUAACUCCAUACAGAGAUAUGUCCGGUUUACCCGUCAAUGUUGUGCAGAUAGAUAUAAAGGAAUCAGCUGAUUAUGGGCCUGUACAAGUCCUUGUGUUGGGGGAAGGGCGAUACGGCCAAAGCAACGGCUUUAUAAUUGUUGCUCGUUUACUUCACUUACAUUGAUCUACGGAGAAAAAAGCACAAGAAGCGCUUUGCAUAAUUGCUACAAUAGCCCCAUUUGUUUUCCAAAAUACGUAAGAAGUUAACUUGUAUUUGAUUGUUUUUAUUGCUGCUUGUAAUCGAAGUUAUUUUGAAUUUCAUCUUUACUGAAGUACCAAUAAGUACAGAUUGCAGAUAAAAGCGCUCCUUACCCCACUACUUUUGAAUUCAAUAAAGGAAUUUUCAUAUUUGUUUCUUUUAUUAAAACUUUAGUACUUCGAAAGGAGCAUGUGCAGCUGUUAAGGAAAGUACAAGUAU